AUGUAUCAUACUUUAGAACGUAUGUAUAAUAUUAGUUAUUUUGCUUUUCAAUGGCUAGGUGUAGCAGUUUUCUUCUUAUAUUUAUCAUCAUUAAUACUAUAUGUUCCUCCUAUAACUUCAGUAUCACAUAAUACAACGAAUAUGGUUAAGUCAUUUAAAAAAGGUUCUUAUUCUGACUUUACAAUAGAUUUAGAUGUUGACUUUACACCAUCAUUCAAUUGGAACACAAAAAUGAUUUUUGUUUGGGUCAAAGCAUCGUUUACAAAUAAGAAUGUUCCAUAUAACACAGCAACUGUUUGGGAUACUAUGAUCAGAAAGAAAGAAAAAGCACAUUUACAUUUAACAAAUGAAAGAAUUGAAUAUCCUUUAGUUAGUUCCUAUAAUAGUUUACUUGGAAAAGAAGUUGAGUUAACAGUUGAAUGGAUGGUUGUCCCAUGGUCUGGUGCUACUACUGUUGAACAUGGAAAUUCUACUAAAUUCGUACUUCCUACUGAAUUUUCUAAAUAA